AUGUCAUCAGAAAUUAUUGCUGGUAUUUCCAGCGUUCUCACUGAGAAUAUUCCGUUGACCCCGAUAUCUCAAGGUGCAGAAGCAGUGGUUUUCACAUCGCCAGUCCAUCCAUACUUACCACCUCAGGUAGCAGCAAGCGAUGAUGAGGCACUAUAUAUCCUAAAGUACAGGCCUGAAAAGAAGUAUAGACACCCAGUCAUUGACAAGGCUCUCACGAAACAUCGUACCUUGGGAGAAGCAAGACUUCUCGCCAAAUUGAGAUUAAUCGACGGUUUGAAUGUUCCAAAGCUCAUAGGAUGUGAUCCAUACCACGGCUGUAUAUGGCUAGAAUUUUUGGGAGAAGAUUUACCAAAUGGCCAUGGGUUCAGUAACUUGAAGAACUUCUUGUGGAUGAAUGCGAGCGAUCCAUAUUCCGAUUUGGUAAAGGAAGUAUUGAUCAAAGUUGGUAAGCAAAUAGGACUAAUGCAUUGGAACGAUUUCUGCCACGGUGACUUGACCAGCUCCAAUAUAGUGUUGGUGAGAUCUGGCGACCAUUGGGAGCCAUAUCUUAUUGAUUUUGGUCUUGGAUCGAUUUCCACUCUAGUGGAGGAUAAAGGUGUAGAUUUGUAUGUGCUUGAAAGAGCAAUCAUUAGUACGCACUCGUCAUUUUCCGAAAGGUAUAACGGAUGGAUUCUAGAAGGGUUCAAGAGUGUGUUCGAAGCCAAUGGGAAAGUAGGAUUGGGCAAAUACAAGGAAUUAAUAAAGAGAUUUGAAGAGGUCCGGCUGCGUGGUAGAAAGAGAAGUAUGAUCGGAUGA